UCUCUGCAAAAAAUUUGGCCCCAAGCCCACGUAUUCGCUCUCAUUCGCCAUUUUCGUCUUCUCAAAUCCCAUCUCUCUCUCCAAAUCUCUCACGGCGAGUUCUUCGCUCAAAAUCUUCGGAACCCAUUUCUUCUUUUUACUCCUUUUCCCCCAUAAUUUCAUUCCUUUCAUCAUUUCGAUUUCUCUUCCUUUUACUGCCAACACAAUUCCCACCUCAAUUCCACCAAAAUCCCUAGUUUAGUUUCCCCCAAUCACAAUCACAAUCACAAUCCCAAUCCCAAUCCCCAUCUCCUUUCCCCUUUAUUCAUGUCUUCCUCUUCUUUUUCUGCUUACUUCAACAACGCCCAUCUCUGAUUUCAGGUUUCUUCAUACCCUCUUUGUCAAAUCCCCAAUUUCUGAAUUUUGCUGCCCCCCUUUUUCGUUUUUUCAUUUCGUUUUGCUUUUUCUUUUUUAUUAUUAUUUUUGGUUGUGUUGGGGGUUGGGAUUUGAUCUGAAUUGAUGAUUCUUUUCGAAGAGGAAAGUGGUCUUUAUUCAAGAUUCAAGGAAAAUGGAGGGAUAUGCAUGGGUCUGGAGGUGAGAGGUGGAAACAGAGGCGGCACAUGUGGCCGGUCCAUUCUAAUUCCACAGCUGUAGCUUCCGAAUUAUCCGCCCCAGAUUUCUUUCUCAAAGAUGGACGCAAAAUCCACGUUGGUGAUUGUGCUCUUUUCAAGCCACCUCUAGAUUCUCCUCCUUUUAUUGGAAUUAUACGUUCGCUGAAGUCAGACAAGGAGACUAAUAAUUUAAGGUUAGAUGUGAAUUGGCUUUACCGACCUGCUGAUGUGAAGCUCCCAAAAGGAUUAUCAUUAGAUGCUGCACCAAAUGAGAUCUUUUACUCAUUUCAUAAAGAUGAGAUACCUGCCGCAUCGUUGCUUCAUCCGUGUAAAGUUGCAUUCCUCCGCAAAGGUGUUGAACUCCCAUCAAGCAUUUCCUCAUUUGUGUGCAGAAGAGUGUAUGAUACUGACAACAAGUGUUUAUGGUGGUUAACUGAUAGAGAUUAUAUUAAUGAACGUCAAGAAGAAGUAGAUCAAUUAUUAGAAAAGACAAGGCUAGAAAUGCAUGGGGUGGUGCAGUCUGGAGGCCGUUCACCAAAGCCCUUGAAUGGUUCAAUUCCAGCCGUGCAGCCAAAAUCUGGUUCAGAAAAUAUAUCAAAUAGUCCCUUUCUCACUUCUCACGUUAAAAGCAAGAAAAGGGAACGAGGUGAUCAGGGGUCUGAACCCACCAAGAGAGAGCGGUUAUUUAAAGUAGAAGAGGGGGAAUUUGGUCAAUUUAGAUUAGAAAGUACACUAAAGAAUGAGAUCGCAAAAAUUACUGAUAAAGGAGGACUUACUGACUUUGAGGGGGUUGAAAAAUUUGUCAAACUUAUACAACCUGACAGUUCUGGUAAGAAAAUAGACUUGGCUGAUCGAGUGAUGCUUGCUGAUGUUAUAGCAGUCACUGAUAGGUUUGAUUGUUUAGGAUGGUUUUUGCAGCUCAGGGGUUUACCUGUAUUAGAUGAAUGGCUUCAAGAAGUUCACAAGGGAAAAAUUUGUGAUGGUAAUGGCAUGAAAGGAAGUGAUAAAACUGUUGAGGAUUUUCUUUUGGCUCUACUUCGUGCUCUGGACAAACUUCCUGUGAAUCUCAAUGCUCUUCAGACUUGUAAUGUAGGCAAGUCUGUGAAUCAUUUACGUAGUCAUAAGAAUUCUGAAAUUCAGAAGAAAGCAAGGAGUUUGGUUGAUACUUGGAAGAAACGUGUGGAAGCUGAGAUGGAUGUUAAUGAUGCAAAGUCUGAAUCUAGUCGCGGUGUCUCGUGGCCUUCUAAAUCUGCGCCUUUAGAAGUUUCUCAAGCUGGGAGCAGAAAAGCUGGGGGGUCUGGUGACGAUGGUUUAAAGAGCUCUACACAUUCUAACAUGUUUAAACAUUCUCAAGCUAAAUUUGGUCCCGCUGAAAUGGUUGGCAAAUCAUCUGCAUCGCCAAACAGCAUGAAGUCUUCUUCAACCAUGGGUGCUUCAUCAAAGGAUUAUAACUUUAAAACACUAAUUGUGGGAAAUUCGGAUCUUCCCUUGACUCCUAUAAAGGAGGAAAGGAGCAGUGGUUCAAGUCAGUCCCAAAACAACAGUCAGUCUAGUGAUCAUGCAAAAACUGUGGCAUCUUCAUGCAAAGAAGACACUAGGAGUUCAAAUUCUGGUUCAGGAAGUGUUAGCAAAGUUUCUAGUGGUGCUUCUCGCCAUCGGAAAUCUAGCAAUGGUAUUCAUCUGAAUACUCACACUGGAACACAGAAAAUAUCGGGGUCUGGAAAACUUAAUGCUGUAAAUAAGAGUUUGACUACUGAGAAGACCUCUACUGCAUCACAUGAGAAGUCUCCAGAUGUGUCACUUGAACAUGGAUAUAGUCGACUUGUUGUGAAGUUGCCGAACACCUGCAAAAGUCCAGUUGGAACUACUAGGCUCGUGACUGAAGAUCAAGUUGUUUCAUGUCACAAAGGAUCUCUGCAUGAUGAGGUAGGUGAUAACCGUGAAAAGAAAGCUAAAGGCAGAAGUGAUUUGCAUGGGGCUAGUUUUGCAACUGAAGCGCACUCAGACCAAUGCCAUAAGAAAGAUCAAUUUCUCGGCUCAGAGGAGGGUAAAGAGGUAGCUACCAGCAAUGAACGAUGCAGGCUUGCUGAAGCUGGUGAAGGGCAAUCCGAUACCACUGCUUCAUUGACUGGAAUUAUAUCUAGGCCGGGAAAAACUUUUGACACUUCUCUAAGCUCCAUAAAUGCCUUGAUUGAAAGCUGUGUUAAAUUUUCCGAGUCUAAUGCAUCACCAUCACCGGGGGAUGUUCUAGGGAUGAAUCUUCUUGCUAGUGUGGCUACUGGGGAAAUAUCUAAAUCUAACAAUGUGUCUCCCUUGGAUUCUCCUCAGGAACAAUCACCUACAGCUGAAGAAUCUUCUGCUGGCAAUGAUGGACAAUCGAAACUUUUGCCUGAAGAGAACAAAUGUGAAGAAGUUAAUGCUAAUGGUGGGGCCGGGGGUCAGUCAUCUUCUGAUCCUCUUGGCAGCAAUAACAUGUUGCAUGAUAGAAAUGGAUCUCAUCCUGUCUCGACCAGUGCUGACUCUUCUAGAGAUGGAAGAGCUGUUGCAUUUGGUUGUUCAGGAGACAGUAUUAAGCCAUCUAAUGCUCAGCAAAACAUGAAGAGGACACCUUCACAGUGUGAUUUAAAACCUGAUGCUGAAGCAUGCAAUGCCUCCAUAGCUAGUGCGGAAGAAGGUAACGCAGAGACUGAGGAGACAAAUCAGCGUUCUGAUCAGAAUGAACUAGGGCAACCAAGGCUCCUUAAAGGGGAAGGUAGUAGUUUACCUGACUCAUUAUUGGAAGAGGGUGCCCAACUCUGUGAAAAUGAAAAAGUGGAUCAAACCGAUGGCAGAAUGGCAGAUAAUGCAGUGGUUUUGAAAUCAGAAGUAACUACUGCAACCCUUGAAGUGGAUAAGCAAGUGGAUGAAAAGCCAUCUUGUUUAUCUUCGCAACUGUGUGGCGGUGAUGUUCAGACUCACGGAAACUUAAACAGUGGCUGCGGCGAAGAGAAACUGUCUUCUACACCUGAAACUCAUGCAAACACUCAGGACGGAAAGACUGAGACUGCUGUGAUGUUUCCUGAUGCAAAUUCUUUUGAUGCAGAAUUUAAGGAUAAAAUAUCAAAUAUUGUGAAUUCAGAAAAUCAUGUUAAUCAGGGCUCUCUGUCAGAUCGGAAAGAUGAUCGUGCAGCAGAGGACUUCGGAAGAACAGAUGGCAUUAAUAAUUGUUGUGGUAGGGUUUCUACGCACGGGGAAUCUCCCUCCAUGCCCUUACCAGAAAAUGAUCAGGGUGAGAAAUUAAGUAUAGAUGUUCCUGAGUUGACUGGAACCAAAGACCAUGUCACUUGUGCAAAUUCUUCAUUUUCUGCUCCAAGGUCAGAUUCAGUGGUAAAGCUGGACUUUGAUCUAAACGAAGGUUGUUCUGCUGAUGAAGGGACACAAGAUGAGAUUAUUGGAAGUUCCUCUUCUGUUCAGCUGCCCGUUAUCCCAUCUUUCUCAAUCCCUUCAGCAUCUGAAAGCUUCCCUGUUUCAAUUACUGUGGCUUCUGCUGCAAAAGGAUCAGUUGUUCCACCAACGAACUCCCUAGCAAACAAAGUUGAACUUGGAUGGAAGGGUUCAGCUGCUACAAGUGCUUUUCGCCGGGCAGAACCACGAAAAAAUCUUGAAAUGCCACUCAGUUUGAGUGAUGUACCUCUUGUUACCACCACUAGCAAGGAGGGGCGCCAACCUUUGGACUUCGACCUGAAUGUGCCAGACCAGAAACUCCUAGAAGAAGUUACUUUGUCAAAUUUACCACAGAAAGAAAGUGUUGAAUCUGGGCCUUCUGAUCGAGGUGGUGGACUCGAUCUUGAUUUGAAUAAAGUUGACGAAAGUCAUGAUGUGGGCCCAUGUUCUGUGAGCAAGAGUAGGUUGGAGCUCCCCAUGUCAAGUAGGCCUUUUGUGUCUGGUGGAUUAGGGAAUUGUGGAUUCAGUGUCUCCAGAAACUUUGAUUUGAACAAUGGUCCUUCACUUGAUGAAAUGGGGGCAGAAACAGUACCUCCUGGUCAGCAGAAUAAAAGCUACAUGCCAUUUUCAUCACUUCUCCCUGGAAUGAAGGUGAAUUCUGGAGAAAUUGGGAACUUCUACUCUUGGUUUCCUCAGGGGAACACAUAUUCAGCAUUAACAGCAAUCCCAUCAGUCUUGCCAGGUAGAGGAGAACAAAGUUAUGUUCCUGCUGCUGUUUCUCAGAGAGUAUUUGCUCCUCCAACAGGCACUGGCUUUGCUGCUGAAAUUUAUCGUGCACCAGUGCUUUCUUCCUCUCCUGCUUUGGCAUUCCCACCUGCUAACUCCUUUACUUAUUCUGGGUUCCCCUUCGAAACUAGUUUUCCUAUACAAUCAAACGCAUAUUCAGGUUGCUCAACAUCGUACAUGGAUUCAUCGUCUGGCUGUUCUCCUGGAUUCCCUACCAUUACUUCUCAUUUAUUAGGACCGGCUGGGGUAGCCCCUACCCCUUAUUCAAGGCCUUUCAUCAUGAGCUAUCCUAGUGGCAGUGGUACUGUUGGUCCUGAGAUUGGAAAAUGGGGAAGCCAGGGUUUGGAUCUUAAUGCAGGUCAUGGGAUUAUAGAUAAAGAAAGAAUUGAUGAAAAAUUGCCUACAGGAUUGAGACAACUUUCAGCUCCCAGUUCGCAACCUUUUGCUGAUGAGCAGUUCAAGAUGUUUCCGAUAGGUGGUACACACAAGAGAAAAGAACCUGACAGUGGCUUAGAUGGUGCCGAUAGGUUUAACUACAAACACCAAUGAGUGAGGGCAGUAGCAUUACCUUGUGGUCACCAACCAAGUCCUGGCCAAAGAAUUACAGACCGAGAAAAAAGACAGUUUUUACAAGCAAUAGUGGAGCAAAUAAUCAAGAACUGCUUAUGAAAGGACUCGUACUGUUCCCUCACAAAUGUUGCAGCAACAUCACUGGUUUCCAGGCAGGUCUGACAUUCUUCUCUCUGGUGGACACAUUUCGACAGAUUCGUUUCACUGAAGCAGACAAGGUUUCAUUUGUAAAUAUCUAACUUAAUAGAAGCAUAAGGAAGUCGCUGUCUAGAAAGCUGACGAAUGGUGUGUCCAGUAUGUGGAUGGUUUCCUAUCCAUUCGAUACACUCUCAAGCCAAACCCUUUCUCAAUCCUCAUCUUUCACCCUUCGGAACAGAACUGGAAUGUAAGGACUUUUUUUUCGAGGUUGUGGCCGGCCUUUGUCAAUGAUACUCAAGCUGUGUUCUUUCCCUUACAUAUGUAGUUAUUACUUCAUUCUUACUGUUAGGUUCUUUUUACACUCUUUUUUUUAUUGAUAGUAAUACACAGGGCCUCUUUUCUCCCUUGGUCAUGAACUGUUUUUCUCUCAGUUUUUUA